CAGGUUCAAGAUUUCUGUUAGGCUUAAGUCCCUUUUCAAAACAGAGGCCUGACCGGGAUGUUGUAGAAACGGAAAAAAGUGUUUAUCAAGAAGGAAUAUACACAUAUUAUGCUCAUGACUAUUCUUUACUUCCUGUGUGUUGUUUUGCCUUUUAUAUCAUAUUUGUCGUUUCCGAAAGCUGCCCGGGUUUGGAGUUGGGACUUGAGCCUUACAGGAUAAUCACAUUACGUCAUUAUUCGUUUCGGAAACUCACAUGGUGGUUUGGGUAGUGCCAGUUAGCUCCUGUGAUUUAAACAACAGGAGCUAAUUAACUCAUUUGCAUCAACAUAGUCUUAACUUGUUUGACCUUUAUAGCUUUUGGUCUAUUCAAAAUAGAAAACAUCAAUCUAAUAAUCACAGGGGUGUUUCAUACAUUGCAAAGUUUCCGAGAUGUACUUUGUUAAUUUCUUUUCCGUCCAUCAGAUUGCGCAGAGUACCAUGCAUCAGGACAGAAUACCAGUGGAGUCUACACCUUUGAUUUGUCAUCAUCUAGUGUGUGGGCGUACUGUGACAUGGAUGACGAAGGAGGCGGGUGGACCGUGAUCCAGCGGCGGCAGGACGGGUCGGUUCCCUUCAACCGGACCUGGGAGGAGUACAAACUGGGAUUUGGGAACAAGAACGGAGAAUACUGGCUGGGGAACGACAACACCCACCUCCUGACCACACGGAAAAGCUACAAAUUAAAAAUUGUCCUGGAUGACUGGAGUGGAGCCACGAAGUUCGCAGAGUACAGCACCUUCUGGGUUUCCGGUGAGGGGGACGGGUACCGCCUGCACGUUUCGGGCUAUUCUGGAAACGCAGGAGACUCCAUGGCUUACAGCAACGGGCACAGGUUCUCCACUGUGGACAGGGACAAUGAUGCCUACAGCAGCACCCAUUGUUCCCAGGCGCGCGGACAGGGCGGCUGGUGGUUUGGGGGCUGCAGCUUCUCCUACCUCAACGGCCGUUACCUGGGCAACUGUGGAAGCUCCUGUCCGCGGCUUCAAGGUGUGCUGUGGGUCCACUGGAGAGGCUUGAGAUACUCCCUGAAGUCUGUGACUAUGAAAAUCAGGCCAUAAACAGGGUUGCUUAGAACAUUUUCCGCGGAAUCUUGCCACACUUAUGUCUGGCGAUACUUACAUAUCAGUUUUAUAUCAUGAGCAGCGUAAUACAUUUAAGGAAAAGUAGACUAAAAUCAUUUGAUAUAUAUAUUCAUUUAACGGCCAUAUACGUGCUUCAGCAGAUUGAUGCUUCAGGUCAACUUGCAUUCUUAAUGUGACAUGUUGGACAAAUUGUUUAAAUAUUUCAUAUUAUCAUUUAAAGAAAAGUAGGAACGUGCGAAUAUAUGCAAAUGGGAAAGAUUUAGCCACUUAUCGUUAAUGUAGAGGAGUCAAAUACUUCGUGUAUUUUACUGUAAAAUCUGACAUAGAUGAUUUUCAUAAUUAGGUUUCAUUUCCAACACGACGUUCUGACGGUUGUUAUCUUAAAACUAUCAUUGAGUAUAAGAGAAUGCCAAGCCUAUAUGUAUUUCAGUACUCUUAUAAGUGAGUAGUUUUACUUUAAGUCUUCAAGAUACUGGAAUAGCCUUUUUGCUACAAUUCUCUCACUUGAUUAGGAAGGAGGCAGAAGAUAUUGAGGCAUGUAUUGGGCAUCAUAGUGAUACAGAUACAGAUUGUACUCAGUGUUUCUCUCUGUAAUCCUUUAGUUAUCACUAAGCAUCAGAGUUAUCAACUCAUAUUUUUCUGCAUGUAUCAAAGGUCAAAGGUUUGAAAUGACAAUGUGAAAGAUGCAAUUCUUUGCCGGUGGUAGAAAGCAUGGUAAUAUUUACAUUUAGAUUUAAGUACUUGCAUGG